UUCGAAGAUUGGGGCUCCGCGCUACAACCAGGAUGGCUGUGGUGUCGCUGCUGUUGUUCGGGGGUUUGUGGAGUGCUGUGGGAUCGUCCAGUCUGGCUGUCGUUACAUGCGGUUCUGUGGUGAAGCUGCUCAAUACGCGCCACAACGUGCGACUGCACUCACACGACGUGCGCUACGGGUCAGGUAGUGGGCAGCAGUCAGUGACAGGUGUAACCUCUGUGGAUGACAGCAAUAGUUACUGGAGGAUACGGGGGAAGACGGCCACAGUGUGUGAGAGGGGAACCCCCAUCAGAUGUGGUCAGCCCAUCCGGCUGACACAUGUCAACACUGGCCGAAACCUCCAUAGUCACCACUUCACCUCACCUCUUUCUGGAAACCAGGAAGUGAGUGCUUUUGGUGAGGAAGGUGAAGGCGACUAUCUGGAUGACUGGACAGUGCUCUGUAAUGGGCCCUACUGGGUGAGGGAUGGUGAGGUGCGGUUCAAGCAUUCUUCCACUGAGGUUCUGCUGUCUGUCACAGGAGAACAAUAUGGUCGACCCAUCAGUGGGCAAAAAGAGGUGCAUGGCAUGGCCCAGCCAAGCCAGAACAAUUACUGGAAAGCCAUGGAAGGCAUCUUCAUGAAGCCCAGUGAGUUGUUGAAGGCAGAAGGCCAUCACACAGAGCUAUGAGUCUGGAGGCUGUGAGCCACUGUCACCACACAGUGUUCAUAGACAUCUGCUGCUCCUUCCCCCUUUGGAUCCCUGCCACAGGUGACCAUGUCACCACUGAGAUGAAGAUGCAUGAUAGGAAACAGUGGAUGUGUUUGGAAGCCUCAGCCCUUCACACUUGAAUUGGUUGUUCUCCCAGACUUGGGUCAGUUAUUUUUGAGUACAAGACUUGUUGGUGAAGGAGCAGAUGCUUUUUAUUCAUAUUAAUAAAACAAAAACUGAGGGAGGCAUCCCUCCUAGCUGGGAAAUUUUUAUUCCUCAGAAUCUUGGCAUCAUGGAUUAUUAAUGUGUGUGACUUUUCUCCCACUUUCUCCAGAAUGAUAAAAAAAAU